CUUCAACGAACCCUCCAAUAUCACGACUUCCAAACCUGGUAGUAAACAACUGUCGAACCGGUUCGAAGCCGCGACAAUGGAUAUCCACCGAUGCCGCUUCGUCCCAUACCCUCCUUCCGCCAUCAACGCCAUCGCCUUUUCUUACCCGGCCGUCACCAAAUCCCAGAGAGCAGCACCCGUGCGAUUAGCGAUCGGUCGCGCCAACGGUGACAUCGAGAUAUGGAAUCCCUUGAACGGCAUAUGGCACCAGGAGACGACCCUUCACGGGGGCAAGGAUAGGAGUAUAGACGGUCUAGUAUGGGUUACCGAGCCUGACCAGGUUCUGCAAGACGGCGCUAAACUCAUUGGAAAAUCGAGGUUGUUCAGCAUCGGCUACACCAGCACUGUUACCGAAUGGGAUCUUGAAAAGGGACAGCCGAGGAAACAGGCGAGCGGCAUGCACGGUGAUAUAUGGUGCCUUGCUGCCCAACCCUUCGUCGCGCCCACCAAGCGCGGCGAGAAAUCUACGAACGGCGUUGUGCAGAGCGGGAAGAAGUUGGUAGCUGGGACGAUGGAUGGCAGCCUCGUCCUAUACUCGAUCGACGACGACGAUCUUCGAUUCGAUAGGAUACUCGUCAGGUCUUCGUCCAAGAAGACCAAGAUGGUCAGCAUGGCCUUCCAGAAUCGUAAUGUCGUCGUUGUAGGGUGCUCCGAUAGCGCCAUCCGAGUCUACGAUAUGCGCAACGGCAACGUCUUGAGGAAGAUGACCCUAGGAUCUGAUCUUUCCGGAGGUGCUAAGGAGAUUAUCGUCUGGUCCGUCAAAUGCCUCAACGGACGCGAUAUCGUAUCGGGUGACUCGACCGGCCAGGUUUGCAUAUGGGACGGGAAAACGUAUACGCAGGCGCAAAGGCUACAGACUCAUAACCAGGAUGUCCUCUCGCUUGCGACUAGCGCCGACGGUUCGACGAUCGUCAGCGGCGGAAUGGACCGCAGGACCGUCCUGUACAGGAAGACCUCGGGUUCGACAGCGAGAUGGGGUAAGGUCUGGCAUAGGAGGUAUCACAGCCACGACGUCAAGACGAUGGCAUCUUUCGAGGGGAACGGGAUGAGUGUUAUUGUUUCGGGAGGCACGGAUGCUACCCCGAUCGUCUUACCCCUGCAAGAAGCUGGCAUGGAGAACCACCGAACGCUAUCGCACCUUCCCCAGAGCCCCCCCUUGAAAAGCGCGCCGAAGUGUAGGUUGAUCGUUAGUUGGUGGGAGAGAGAGGUUCACGUAUGGAGGUUGAGAAAACCUCUGCGGGAUCUGGUAGAUAUGCCUGACGGAGAGUCUGCUGUCGAGAAGAAUCGGAAGCUGCUAGCUCGGAUACUAAUCAAAGGAGAAGCCAACAUAACGUCGGCAGCGAUCAGUUACGACGGUUCUCUGCUCGUGGUGACCACCACUUGUGAUAUCAAAGCAUUUCACCUAAAGCCUCGAAGCGACUUGAAGAAGGACGAGCUCAAGAUCUCCAAAGUCGAACUACAAGAGGAAGUAUCUAAGCAAGGCGCGACGCAGGUCCAAAUUUCUCCAGAUGGACGCUGGUGCUGUGCCGUUCAAAGCGGCAGCAAGGUCAUCCUUCUACAGAUAUUGCGCGACUCCGCUCCAGAUGGAAAGCCGGUGCUUCACCCUAAAGCUAUUCGCUUACAACGCAUCGAGCGGAAGACACAAAAGCAUGUGACACUAGGCGGCCUAGGAAAAUAUGAUAGGACAAUCACCCACAUCGCAUUCUCGCCGGACAGCAAAAUGUUAGCGGUAGCGGACUUGGCUGGCUAUAUCGAUACUUGGGUAUUGGGUAUAACGCGGCCGAAGCUGCAAAAUGGCGUGAACGGAACUCAUGACGACGCAUCGUCUAGCAGCGAAGAUGAUGAAGACCAGGUCGACGCAGAAGGGUUGCGAUGGGCUCGUAAUCCGAAAGGGUCUCUUAUUCCUAGACUACAAGCGUCCCCUACCGUUCUAUCUUUUUCAAACCGUGUCCCCGCAUCACAAGCUUCUACGACAAAUGACGACGAAAUUGCGGACGAUUAUACUCUUCUAACUAUCACUGCCAGGCCUCAGGUUCUUGUCAUUAAUCCUACCCUAGGCUCUCUGACGUCCUGGUCGAGAAGGAACCAGAUCGCUCGAUUCCCAGCCGAGUUUCGAAACAUCCGCGACCUCGUGAAAGGGGCUGUCUGGUCAGGAGACAGAGUCUGGCUCUACGGAAACACGUUCCUCUUCAUGUUAGAUUUGUCAAGGGACUUGGUAGAACAGACCGACCCCGAGGGCCCGUCUAACGGAGAGCUCGUAAAGCAAGGGACUAAACGAAAGAGAGGUCCCGAUAGCGGUGCCGGCAGCAGGAUGGAAAUCGGAGCCGCGGGACCCACGAAGAUCAUUCAUCAAGUGCCGGGAGAAUAUGCCGAAGAAACUCCCCUUGAUGGCCCCGUCUUCGAUCCUAUGGACGAGGACGAGGUUAGCCAGCCGGCAGACGAGAGCGAGAGCGAGGAUUCGGACGACGAGAAUCCGGGCGAACUGGCGCUACUUCGCGGUGCUCAGGGCAAGUCGGCCCUCGAGGCGAAAUCGAGCAAGGGCUUGGCGUUCUGGCACACGUACAAGUACCGACCGAUUCUAGGUAUCGUGCCACUCAGCGACGAACACGACGAACAAGAUAUGCCGACGAACGGGACGGCCGGGGAAGUCGCAAAAGAAGCCUCGCGGGAGACCCUUGAGGUAGCUCUAGUGGAGCGGCCGCUGUGGGAUGUCGAUAUGCCCGAUAGGUACUUUGGAGAUGGGGAAUGGGAGAAGUAAUUAAGGCGUCUUGUGCUCGUGCUUAUUAGAUACUGUAGUAAUACGAUUAAUCGUGCCAAAGAAUCGGUACGCCGAAGAAAAGCACGGUCUUCUGUUGAUACUUAAACUCUGCGUAGUGCCCGGGAUAUCAACCCCAGACUAAUCCAGAAUGAC